AUGAUACCCGGUUUAAUCUACGAGGUGGAAAUAUGCGGGGUGAACAUCAGAUUCCUAUCGACGCUGCUCAUCGAGUUGGAUGCGUUGAAGAAAUUCCCGCUUCUCCUCCAAAUCCUGAGCGUCACCACCGUCAUCGAGGUCCUUUUUUUAAUCAUCACGUGCAUUGCCUACCUCCCAUUUUUCUACGUCGUCUGCACCUGCCCAAUUUUCCACAUAAACCUUCGUCGAAUCAUCUUCGUAACCGUCUUGCACACGUUUUUGGCGAUGGUGAUGCGCUUUGUCAUGAUGCUCUACGAGUUCGAGGUGGUGACGAGGACAGGAAACGUCAUUGGAGACCUGCCACUUGUCUGCGCUGGCCUUGCGUUGUUGGAACAGAUGGCUUUUCUGUUUUGGAUUUUUCCGAUGAUAAUCGCGGAGAGAAUGUUCGCCAUGCAUUUCAUGUGGGACUACGAGCGGAACUCAAGGACAUGGAUCUCAACGUCGAUUCUUGGAGUGGCACUUGUCGUGUCGACGAUUGCCGCAUUAAUGAUGGCGAUUUGUGUGCUCCUGAUCCGCGACGUCUUCAUGUUUGUUGGUGUGCCCCUUUGCUUGGGCGGGAUUUUCGGGUUUGUUUUGACAUAUCGCCUAGUCGCACGCCAAAAUUCGAUAACGCUUUCGAACCUGGAAAUCGGGAGCUCCAGCUAUGGCCUAUCCGCUAAAUACCAAGCUGCCGAGAAUAUCAAAUGUUUUAAGUUAGUCCGAUACUUCCUGCUCUUAUCGAUUUGCGCCGAUUUCUUCGGUGCCAGCUUGGUCAUGAUCUCGGUGCUUGGGUCGAAAACGCCAACACUCGAGACGCUGAUUGCUGGUGCUAUCUUUGAGCACUGGGUUACUGUUUUUGGGAUCAUGUUCCUCGGUGUGGCGAUGUACUCCGUCAAGGAGUGGAGAAAGCGCUAUCUCAAAAUCUUGAGAAUCUUCAUCAUCAAGGCACGCAUCGAGACACCGAUCGAAACAACGAUGAGACUCGCCGUGCUUGCCCUGCUAGUCAUUCUUUGCUUCGGUGCCGUCGAGGCCGACAGAAAAUGCGGCAAAGCGCUGACGGAUUGGAUAAGUCAGAUUUGUGGCAGCGCUAGCCUGGUGUCGCCCAACGAGCAGCUAAUCAAGAACUGGAAAUUAGGUCUAAACGCCGCCCCCUUAUCUAUGUUCGAUGAUUCGUCGAAAUGGACCUAUUCCUUGCAGGACGUGAUAUGGAUUUUCAAGCUGAUGCAGCUGAUUGCGAAGUAUUCAGGC